GAUGGAAAAAAGCGUUUGCCAUGAUUGUGACAAUUUUCCCCCAUUCUUCGUUUACGUGCUUGUGAAUUCGAUUCCGUCCUCGGCUAGACUAGAGUUCAUUUUGAUAGACGCGGAAUCUAAUGGAGGCAAGCGCAGCUGUAUAAAGUUAUGGUAAAUUCUAGCAUUUUUCUUCAUGAAAUUUCCAACGGCGCUUCUCCGACAGGAGAGCAAACAAGCCUUCGCAUUAUCUACCGCCAAUCAGGAACAUCUACGAACGAAAAUCACACUUGCCUCUCAAUUUGAGAUUUUGGAAACCUCUAGUGAGCGUGCCAAUUAAAUCAUGAAGAGCAGCAACGGAGCUACUCGAGAGUCUAACACGGUGUUUUACAGCCCAUCCAAGGAAUUCAGGAAAAUGAAGCGCAAAGGCGAUAUCUCGGGUUAUAAUGGCUCUUUCUAUCGAUUCAUCCGCAUUCCAGCGAUCAUCUGCUUCGUGCACGGGACUUUCCCUUUCAAAAACGUAUUUUCUCAUCGAGGCGAGGAUAUUCGGUUCGCGUACUUGAGUCUCCACUUCGCAUGGGGCUAUGUACUCUACACGGUUGCCUCUGUCAUAUCUAUGUAUUGUAUCUCCGCCAGACCGCAGUUCAUUUACAUGGGCGUCAUAUAUCUCGUUCGCACGUGGAUCUACUUCAUAAGCUCACAAGUUUGCAACCGGUUCUUCAUCGAAUUCAUUCGAAAAUCGGAGCAAGUUGAAUACAAGUUCUGGGAGUACCGGAAAAUUCGGUUUGAUUUCGACAAGCGGAAGUACGAGUACUCUUACUACGCCUGUUUGGCGGCCUGUUACGCUUUCAACAUUGCCACCCAAGCAAUGUCCAUCUUUGCUUUUUCCAAGAGAUUUUCGAUGAACUAUGCCUUACUUGUCUCAGUUUCCGUCAUAUAUACGAUGCCAAGGUUACUCUCGCCAUUGCUCUUCAUCGUGACGUUGCACAUCCUGAAGCUCCGGUUCCUGGCCGUGGACGCGGAGCUGGCGCGGUCGCUGGAGUCGAACGAGCCCAUCCGGGAGUCGGACAUCGAGGUGCUGCGUCUGCUCUACGGGGAGCUCUGCGUCUGCGCGGAUCUGCUCUUGGACUGGUGCAGCCUCCGGAUCCUCAUCUGCCUCGGCUUCCUCACCCUGGAGACGAUCCUCAUCUCCUACCGCUGCACCGUCGUCUUCGGCCGCUUCAGCCUCACCGGCGACCUCCCCAACACCCUCGCCUGCAUCGGCCUCAUCUACGCCAUCUCCUCCAGCAGCGAGCUCCUCCUUGCCAGUAGUAAAGCGGUACUAGGCUCAAUGCGAAGGAUUCCUUUGACGUCUCUCUCACUGAGAAAUCAAAAACAGUUCCGAAUCUGGAUGAUUCAAAUGACGGCAGUCCCUAUACAAAUUUCUAUUUCCGAUUUAUUUAAAGUGAAUCGUCAUCUUAUCACGGUUAUAUUAUCCGCCAUUGCGACGUACGUCACGGUGAUAAUUCAGCUAGAACCUCAAUUGGACUUCUUGGACAAAAAAUUCAAAGGAAUGCAAAACCUCUUUAGCAGUAAAAACACGAUCAGUAAUUCAACAAAGUCAUCAUAAUACUCAGUAAACUCGUUCUCCAGAAAUGUGCAACAAGGGACUCACGAGAAACUCUCGCAUAAUUUUCUUUUUGAGGGGAGGGGGUUGCUCCACCAGUUGAAGUUUAAAUCAUUUAAGGAAAAUGCGAUUUCAGGGAAAAAGACAACAGAGAUUUUCUGAAAAUAACGAGUAAUCACACUUCAGCGUCCAUUCCUCCAGCGACUCAAUCCUCCCAGUCAAUCAGAUGUCGAGCCACACUCGGGACUCAGAACCUAUUUUCUU